AUGAAUUGGGAAGCACCGAAGACGCCAACAAAAAUUCACAGCUUUUUGGGUUUAGCUGGAUAUUAUAGAAGAUCCAUUGAGAACUUCUCGAGAAUAGCUGCACCAUUAACUUCUUUGACCCGUAAGAAUGUGAAAUUUGAUUGGGGUUCAAAACAACAAGAAUCCUUUGAGAUUAUUAAGCAGAAGUUGAGUAAUGCUCCGGUAUUAUCUUUACCUGAAGGAAUUGAAGAGUUUGUUGUAUAUUGUGAUGCUUCACACACCGGUAAAGAGAAUGUGGUCGCUGAUGCUCUAAGCCGAAAGGAAGGAGUCAAACCAAUCAGGAUCAAUGCCAAGAGCAUUGAGCUGAAGAAUAGCCUGAAUGAAAGGCUAUUAGCUGCAUAG